AUGGAGGCCGCCACGGAGCUAGGGUCCGACGUCACCUUCCUGCUCAAGGAGGGGGAGGACGACAGCGGCGCGUCGACGUUGUCGUUCCAUGCGCAUUCCCUCGUGCUCUCCGCGCGGGCGCCGGCAUUGUUGAAAGAAGCACAAGCACAAGCAGCUGCCACGAGCAAGAAGACGAAGAAGAAGGUGUUGUGGAUAGAGGGGAUCAAGGCUGUGGUGUUCAAGUCCUUGCUCCACUUCGUCUACACGGACGAGCUGCCGCCGUUGGACGAUCUAGUGGUACGCGCUACCCCUGGCAGCAGCAGUGUAACGCCGGCGACGAGCUGGACGCGGAUGGCCGGCGAGCAGCUGGCAGCCGCCGACCGGUACCAGCUGGUGGAGAGGAUGAGGCCCAUGUGCGAGAACCUGCUGUGCGAGAUGAUGACGCCGGAGUGCGCGGCGGCCACGCUGGAGGUGGCGAGGCGCCACCGCCGGCCGGAGCUCAAGGCCUUCUGCCUGGACUACAUGUCGUCGCCGGGCGUGCUCAGGGCGGUGGUGGCCACCGAGGGCUACAGGGAGCUCUCCGCCGAGGCUCUCCGGGACAUGCUCGACCACAUGGCGGCGGCGUCGCCCUUGGAGUAG